AUGGAAGUUUCUUCACAAAUCCGUGAUUAUAUUAUUAAUCACAAUCUCUUGACAGUACCACAGCUUUACAAUAAUAUUAAAGAUGAAAAAAUUGAUGGAUUUUUACAUAUUACUCGGCAACAAGUUUAUUAUUGGUCUAAAAAAUUCGCUACUAAGGAAUAUAAAUUAGCAGAAGAUCAAUUGGAAUCAUCCAGACGAUAUUUAGAGCAGAAUAUAAAAUAUUAUCCUUUAUUAGAAGUCAAAGAAGAGAACGCAUUUGCUGACUUACCCGAAGAUAUUCGUACCUCUAUUGAAAAUUUGAAUUCCUAUACUUGUGAAUUAAUUACCACUAAUGCUAGUCCACAAGAUGAUAAUCAAGUUCAUGAACAAGAAUCUGUUAUAAUUAGUUCAAAUGAAUUCUCACUGGAUUCUGUCGAUGAUAAUAAUCAAGAUUUAAUCUUGUUUGAAGCCCGAAAAAAAGAUAUUUUUAAUUU